AAGAGUCUCGCCGGCGUCCCCGCCCGCACACUCGCGCACACUCGCGCUCGGGCGCACACGGAUCAGGCACCGGCUCCCGGAGCGAGCCAGCGAACGGCGAGCCGGGGACCCACAGGGCUGAGCCAGCCGAGCAGCCAGCGAGCGGAGCCCGCGACGACCCACUCCCCCGAGCCACGCAGCCGCCCCCCGCCGGCCGGUGUCCCCGCUGCCCUCCUUGACCCAUGGCGCUGAAGCGGAUUCAGAAAGAAUUAAGUGAUCUACAACGUGAUCCACCUGCUCACUGUUCAGCUGGACCUGUGGGAGAUGACUUGUUCCACUGGCAAGCAACUAUUAUGGGGCCUCCUGAUAGCGCAUAUCAAGGUGGCGUCUUCUUUCUCACUGUACAUUUUCCGACAGACUAUCCUUUUAAACCACCAAAGAUUGCUUUCACAACAAAAAUUUACCAUCCAAAUAUAAACAGUAAUGGAAGUAUUUGUCUUGAUAUCCUGAGGUCACAAUGGUCACCAGCUUUGACUGUAUCAAAAGUUUUAUUGUCCAUAUGUUCUCUACUUUGUGAUCCUAAUCCUGAUGACCCCUUAGUUCCAGAUAUUGCACAAAUCUAUAAAUCAGACAAAGAAAAAUACAACAGACAUGCAAGAGAAUGGACUCAGAAAUAUGCAAUGUAAAAUCAAAAAAACUUUCAUAUAUACCAGAGUACUGUAAAAUCUAGGUUUUUUUCAACAUUAGCAGUAAAUUGAGCACUGUUUACUGUUUCAUUGUACCAUGAAACCCUUUGAUUUUAACCCAUUUUAAAUGUGUUUCUGAAGCAAGACAAAACAAACUUCCAAAAAUACCCUUAAGACUGUGAUGAGAGCAUUUAUCAUUUUGUAUGCAUUGAGAAAGACAUUUAUUAUGGUUUUUAAGAUACUUGGACAUCUGCAUCUUCAGCUUACAAGAUCUACAAUGCAGCUAAAAAGCAACCAAAUUAUUUUUUGCUGAAACUAGAUGUUUUUACAUGAGAAAUACUGUAUGUGUUGUCUAAGAUGUCGUCACUUUUAUAAAUCUGUAUUCAGAUUUCAUUCUUUGUUAGCUCACUUUAUAAUUUGUAUUUUUUUACUGUAUAGACUAAAUAUAUUCUAUUUACAUGUAUGUCAACUCAUUACUUUUUUCCUGUGAACAGUAUUGAAAAAACCCAACAGCUGAUAAUUAAAUGAAUUAACUGUGUCUCCCUUGUCUUAGGAUAUUCUUUAGAUUGAUUGCAGAUUUCUUAAACCUGAAAUGAUCUUUACACUGUAAUUCUCAGUAUACUGAUUAUGGAGAAACACUUGUUUUGAUUUUGUUAUACUUGACUUAACUUUAUUGCAAUGUGAAUUAAUUGCACUGCUAAGUAGGAAGGUGUGUAACUUUUAUUUGUUGCUAUUCACAUUUGAAUUUUUUUUUCUGUAUAGGCAAUAUUAUAUUGACACCUUUUACAGAUCUUACUGUAGCUUUUUCCAUAUAAAUAAAAUGCUUUUUCUACUA